AUGUCGUUCAAGUUAAAUGAUUAUAAUGCGUUUUUGACUUCAUUAUAUGAGAAGAAGCCCAAUUUAAAGAGCGAACAACAAUCUUCAGAUGAAUUUCCAGUAGACUUUGAUUUUGGUUUAGCGAUGUCCACAGAAAAUACACAAGAUAGAUUUAACAAUAUUAAUACAGAAUUUAUUGCAGAAACAGGCGCCUCUGGUCUAAUGAACGAUGCUUAUACCCAGAGAUUGAGUGGGCUGCAACUACAAGAGUCGCAACCAAUACUGCAAGCAGGAUUGGAAUAUUCAAGCCCACAUGAUCAAUUCCAAGUGAGUUCAAGCAAACAACAAAUCAACAGACCUGGAGCCGUCAAAUCAUAUUCUUGUUCGCAAUUCGUUCCACCUAAUAGUGACAUAGAAAAUAUAAAGUUCGAUGCAUCUCUUGCAGCCCAAACCAGACCAAGGACAAAAUCAGCUCACAAUGUUAUAGAACAGCGAUAUCGUAACAAGAUUAAUGACAAGUUCACUGUUUUACAGAAUACAGUUCCAAGUCUCAGGGUUGCGAAGAGAAAACUAAAAGGAUUGGCUUCUCCAGAUUUCAAGCAAGACUACGAGGAGGAUCCUCCUAUAGAAGAUUACAGCGGUUCUGAAGAUGAGGAUCUAGAGGGCUUAGAGCCAGCCAAAAAAUUGAACAAGGGGACUAUUCUCACGAAGUCUAUAGAAUAUAUCAAGUUUUUGGAAAUGAAAAAUAAUAGCAUGCUCAACGAAAAUGAACAAUUACUUUUAAAAGCAAGAUUGUUAGGCAUACCCGUUGAUGAAUCAUUGCGAUAUUAA